CGGCGUCCCCGGCGCAUCGCCCGGGGGACCCCGGCCCGCUGCGCCCGCGCGGGCUCUGCGGCGUGUGCCCCGUCUCUCUGUCCUGGGCUAGGACUUUGUAUCUUUGCUAACGUCAGUGAUGUGAAAAGACCUGACAUGGAUGAUAUUGCUGAUGGGGUGAGGAUGGACGCUGGAGAAGUAACUUUAGUGAACCACAACUCCAUCUUCAAAUCCCACCUCCUGCCGCAGUCAGGGUUGCCAGAGGACCAGCUUUCACUUCCUGACCAGCAGAUUUUACCUUCCAGGCCAGGAACUUUGGAUCGAUCUUUUACAUGUUCCACAAGAAGUGCAGCUUGUUGUCCAAGUUUCUACUCAGACAACCCCUCCUCAGACAGUUUUCUUGGCUCAGGCGAUGCAAGGAAUUUUUGCCAGGGUGCAAACGGCCAGUGGAGAAACUCCACUCCAGUACCAAGCUCAGCUUCACAGAAAUCAAGAAACAGCCGGAGUCUUUACCUUGAAACCCGAAAGACCUUGAGUGGAUUAUCAAACGCGUUUGCAGGAAAGUCAAACCAUCACUGCCAUAUGUCUGCGUAUGAGAAGUCCUUUCCUAUUAAGCCAGUCGCAAGCCCAUCUUGGAGUGGUUCUUGUCGUCGAAGCCUUUUAAGCCCUAAGAAAACUCCGCGACGACAUGUUAGUACGGCAGAAGAGACAGUUCAAGAAGAAGAAAGAGAGAUCUACAGACAACUGCUACAGAUGGUCACAGGGAAACAGUUCUCUGUGGCCAAACCUACCACACAUUUUCCUUUACACCUGUCUCGAUGUCUUAGUUCCAGUAAGAAUACUUUGAAAGACUCACUGUUUAAAAAUGGAAACUCUUGUGCAUCUCAUAUCAUUGGCUCGGAUACUUCAUCGUCAGGAUCGGCCAGCAUUUUAACUACCCAAGAGCCCCUGCCCCAUAGCGCAUAUUCUGUGUCGUCAUGUGCUCCAGAUGUUGCGUUUGGAUCCAAAGAUUAUGAUUCUUGCCAUCAGUCCCAGCGUCACUAUUCUCUUCCACAUCAGCCGGAUAAUUUACCAGCGUCAAAUACACAAUCUGAAGGAUCAGACUCUGUGAUUUUACUCAAAGUGAAAGAUUCUCAGACUCCAGCUCCCAGUCCUGCUUUCUUCCAGGCAGAGCUGUGGAUCAAAGAACUAACUAGUGUUUAUGAUUCUCGAGCACGGGAACGAUUGCGCCAGAUCGAGGAGCAGAAAGCACUGGCGUUACAGCUGCAAAAUCAGAGAUUACAGGAACAAGAAUAUUCAGUACAUGAUUCAGUAGAACUACAUCUUCGUGUGCCUCUUGAGAAGGAGAUCCCUGUCACAAUUGCCCAAGAAACGGAAAAAAAAAGUCAUAAGUUAACUGAUAGUGAAGAGGAAUUUCCUGAAAUCACAGAGGAGAUGGAGAAAGAAAUAAAGAACGUAUUUCGUAAUGGAAACCAAGAUGAAGUUCUCAGUGAAGCAUUCCGCUUGACCAUUACACGCAAAGAUAUUCAAACUCUAAACCACCUGAAUUGGCUCAAUGAUGAGAUCAUCAAUUUCUACAUGAAUAUGCUAAUGGAGAGAAGUAAAGAGAAAGGGUUGCCAAGUGUGCAUGCAUUCAACACCUUCUUCUUCACCAAGUUAAAGACGGCUGGUUACCAGGCAGUGAAGCGUUGGACAAAGAAAGUGGAUGUGUUUUCUGUUGACAUUCUUCUGGUGCCCAUCCACUUGGGAGUGCACUGGUGUCUAGCUGUUGUAGACUUUAGAAAGAAGAAUAUUACCUAUUACGAUUCUAUGGGUGGGAUAAACAAUGAAGCCUGCAGGAUCCUCCUGCAAUACUUAAAGCAAGAAAGCGUUGACAAGAAAAGGAAGGAGUUUGACACCAAUGGCUGGCAGCUCUUCAGCAAGAAAAGCCAGGAAAUUCCACAGCAGAUGAAUGGAAGUGACUGUGGGAUGUUUGCCUGUAAAUAUGCUGACUGUAUUACCAAAGACAGACCAAUCAACUUCACGCAGCAACACAUGCCAUACUUCCGGAAGCGGAUGGUCUGGGAGAUCCUGCACCGAAAGCUCUUAUGAGGACUGCCUCAGCAAGCAGACACUGACCUGUGGGGGACCAGCCCUUUGUUGUCUACAGCCAGAGACCUUGGAAACAGCUGCUCUCAACCCUCUGUUCCGUGUAGCCCUUGAUCCUGGACCAGGCCCUGGCAAGAUGCAUUCACAAGCACAUCUGCCUUUCCUUUUGUAUCUCAGAUACUAUUUUUGCAAAGAAACUUUGGUGCUGUGAAGGGGGUGAGGGGCAUCCCUAAGCUGAAGAGAGACCACUUGUACUUCUUCAGUUCUGCCAUCUUGUUUUCAGAGGGCUCCAGCCUCACUCAGUUCCUGAUCAGGGGACUGGGAAAGGCUUGGAAAGAAUCUUGGUUUCUUGUAAACUGUUGUUGCUAGGCCUUACUAAGAAGUAGCAAAGGGCAUGGUCACAGGAGGGACGAAACCACCAGCAUAUCCAUGCACAUACACAUACAUGGUGUUCGAGAUGCAGUCGGGAGAGUGACUGUCAGCUGGACUUCGGGGCGUAUACGGACGUCCCUGCCUUCAGGACCCUUCCUAUUUAUACACCCCUAUGUGAAACCUAACUACUUCCCUACAAGACUGUAUUAGCAGUUCCAUUACAUCCUGAGGCACAACACAGGCAGACUCCAAAGUCCAGGCAGUCCUUUCCUGAGAGCAGGGGUUUGCAUGUGCUGAGCACACGUGCUACAGGGAGGACCCACCCAGGGAAGGCUCGGUGGAACAACAAAAGCCCCAUUGCUAAUGUUGCCUGCUUCUGACCAAGAAGAAGGGCCUCAGUCUUCAGCAUAAAAUUCCAGUGUUGGAUGGAUCCAGGUCCAGUUGGUCUGUGGCUAGUUUAAAUAUGUCUCUAACCACGGAAUAUGUAUAUGUAUUCAUCACAGGGAUAUGCGUUUUUUAAAAAAAGACUGAAUGUGUUCACCAGUUAGCCUGUAGAUUUAUUUUCAUUUUCCAAAUUCUAGCACACAGAGAUCCCAGCCCUUAUGUGUAGGGUGUUUGUGGACUUCCUAACAGAAUAUUUUGAGGCCUGGAUGACCUUUGGCUUAGGGGUAGAUGUUAUUGAUGGGAUAAGAUUUUCAGCUGAAAAAACGGGUGGAGUUGAUCGACUUGAGAUUUACAAAUUGCUGUUCCUUUUGUUCUUCUAGCAUCUCCCCGCUGAGAGCUCUUAAGGCUUAGAUAGUGAAAUGAUCCAACGCCAGUGUCAUUUUGUACUGAAGUUCCACAAUAGGAACGUUUUAUACUUUUUUCUGUAUUGUAAUAGGUAGUUUUGUAUAAAAUAUUUUCUCCCCUACCCUUGUACCCAUCCUUUCCAGCAUUGUGCUUUCUCCCUGGGCUUAUUUGAAAAUUUUACUCUGUUUUAUACCAAGCUUGUUUAGUACAUUUUUCUAUGUUUUACCACAAGUUACAAUUUGAAAAGAAAACUAUUUUUUUUAAAUAUUCCAUUGUUAACUGAAUGUUACUGUUUCCACUCCAGCAACCAGUUGUCCCACCUUUUUCAUAACUGCCUGCCUUCUGGGGGAGGACUACCCUUGUGUGUCUCCUUCCUUCCCUUCCCCCUCCUCCCCGUGCUCGCCCGCUCUCCCUCUCUCUCCCUCUCUCUGCCUGUCUCUCCCUGUCUCUCUCGUGCAUUCUCUCUUCCACUGUCUUGCUUCCCUCCUCCCCUUCUUCCUCCCCUCCCCCACCUUCCUCUUCCUUCUCCCUCUCCCAUAGGAAAUAAAUAGCUUUCUGUCUGUGAGUUGCUGUGACUCUUCACGUUCUCCUAGGAAGCUGUGGCAUGCACACUCACCGUGGGGCUCUUGGAAUACUGUCUGAUUCUUGGUACCUACUGCACUUAAAUGACAGCUUAAAGGUGGCAGUGUGGUAAGAUUUGGACGACGGAAUCAAAAGACUUGAAUUUUCCAGGCUCACUUACUGUUGUCUGGGGGCUCAUAACAAGAUAGUUCUCUGUAUUUAUUUAUUGUUUGUUCAUUUAGAUAACAUGUCUUACCUUCCUCAGAAACUUUUUGUACAGACCAAAGUAACAAAUAUUUAUUGCCAUGUAUAGCAGAAGAUGAAGCAUAGAACAAAAGCACUUUGCAAAAUAUAUAAGGAACUGUUGAGCCUGUCUGAACCUGG